CGCAUGAAGUUGACAGGAACCGGAUCAGUGCUUUCAAUCUGUUUCCAGAGGAAUCCAAGGCGGAAUUGCUCUCACUAUCAAACUCUCUUGAAAUGCUUGAAGACGGCGGUAAUCCGUACUGUUCAGAUCGCGUCUCAACACUACUGCAACGUUGUACCAAAGAUGCUCUCGCCACAGAAGACCGGGAUGAAGCGGCAAUGCUCCUGACACUUUGUGAUCGUGCACGAGAUUAUCCGCCUCCUAUGGAAUGCGAGACGUUUGGCACGGAUGCAGAAGGAGCAGACAAGGCAUCUGUUAGGCGUUGUAUAAUUGCUUUGGAUCAGCAUCAGAACUUCCAACGGGCCUUCGAUGUGUAUAGGAUUCUUGUCAUUCCGGAAAAAUGCAAGACUUUGAAUGGAAUCUUCAACGUUGAUCCUUCACGAGAAAUAUACCGUAAUAUGACUCGCGAUCUUAUCGGUUUCCUCCAAUUCUUCGCAAGGAAAGAAUCUGAGACAGAAAACCAUCUCGCGCAAUGGGAUGAUCGCCUAAAUAAUACUGCAGUGUUUAUGAAACUGCCUCAGACGUUAAAUGCGACCUUCGAGGACAUUGCCAUUGCAACGCAAAGGACGAACGAAGAAACGUCUCUAAAACAUGCGGCCACGCUCGCGUCAGCCGUUAUACACCUAGAGCAAUCGUUAUCGACAGAACUUGACGUUGUCUUCAAUGCCGCGCAGGAAAGGCAGAAUCAUUUAGAUUUAGCAGCGGCAUUUACGAUCGAGCAGCUAAUGGGCGCCGUGAAUGAUUUAUCCGUAGCGAGACAGGAGUUUGAAGCUCUGGGUAUCUUUGUCAAAGAAGCGACAGCGAAAGCAUAUAGUCAAGCCAUGCUCUUAGACAACAAGCACUACGAGUUGUCUGAAUCUAUUUCUGACCUCGGAACUGAAAUUAGAGGACUGGCAAACACGACCCGUAGACUAAAUCAAUCGCUGACUGAUAUCAAAGACGAAGCAGCAGAACAUUACUACUUCGCUGACCGUCCAGCGGAUGUCCCUUGGCUGAAAGUCGUCGGCGCCGCGAAAGCUGUCCUACACUGGAUGGGACUUUCGCCGUUCUGGGCGUUAUCAUUACUUAUGCUAUCUCUGCCGAGAUUCCUUGUUGAACAGACUAUAUGGGCCCUAUUUUGGAUCUUCUCUGUUCUUAUCUCAUAUGCUAAGAAAGUGAUUCUUAGUCAUCGAACAGGGUCGAACUGCGAUGAUACCGAGAAGGUUGCAGGCGAUCGAGUGAACUUGUGAGUUUCAUAAAAUAAU